AUGAUUGGAUCAUCAGUGGUCAUGCCCUGCUCUUUCACUCAUCCUGGCCUCAGAAUCUAUGAAGUCUACUGGGUGAAGAAAGAGACUCAGAACGGGACAAGUCUUGAUCUCUUACAGACCCCUUUAUAUGAGGGUCGAGUGCACUACAGCACAGAGAUGGAUCGCAACUGCACACUGACUCUGAGAGAUGUUAGAGUCACAGAUGCCGGCCAUUAUUAUGUCACAGUCAUAACAUAUCCACCACGGAGGAGAUGGCUAUCAACUUUUGUCAUGCUGGUAGUCACAGACACUGCAGCACUUCAAGUCCGACCUUCUGGAUCGAUGAUUGAAGGACAACUAGUAAAGCUGAGCUGUGAGAGCCUCUGCAUUUUGAGACAAAAGUCCAGUAUACGCUGGAGAAGGAAUGGGGAGAUUAUCCCAUUUAAUCAAACUAUCAACAAUGAACUGAUACUCCACAACAUCCAGAUGAAGGAUGAGGGCCUCUACACCUGUGCAUUAGAACAACAAGAGGACCUCCCAUCUCUGCCAUUAAAGCUUAAUGUUAUGUAUGCUCCAAAGAACACCUCCGUUUUUGUCUACCCUUCUGGUGAGAUGCUUGAGGGCACCUCUGUGACUCUGAGCUGCAGCAGUGAUGCCAACCCACCUGUGGAGAACUACACCUGGUACAGGCAGACUCGAGAUAAAACUACUGAAGUAGGCUCGGCGGAGACCAUCACCUUCACUCUGAACACCACCACUGCUGGACUUUACCACUGUGAGGCCAAGAAUAGAAUUGCCUCUCAGAAUUCCCCCGUAGUUGAUGUUUCUUUGGCAGUCUAUGGAUGGCAGAGAGCUGCUCUGUAUGUGCUCGGGGGCAUAGUAACAGCUGUGACUCCAGUCCUCAUUACAUUUGGACUUGGACUCACGAUCUGGAGGAGGAAGAAAAUAAUGUUUACCUUUGACUCUGGAAACACAGACAAUGUCACACAGGAUUAUGUGGACUAUGUGAAUGAUCCUCUGGAAGGAAACUCUGGUGCCAUCCAGAUGAGUUCACUCUACCAAAGCUUGAACCCCAACACCACCCAACCUCCUACAGUUUACCAGAGUCUGAACCCAAACACCACCCAACCUGAUGCAAUUGAUCAGAGCCUGAGCCCCAACACCACCCACCCUGUUGCAUUUUACCAGAGUCUGAACCCCAACACCACUCAACCUGAUACAAUUUAUCAGAGCCUGAACCUCUAA